AUGGCGGCUUCUUCUUCUUCUUCGUCCCCUUCAUCACAUUAUCCCUAUUCCUCCUCCUACUCUGGGAAAUGGGAAUAUGACGUCUUCUUGUGUUUCAGAGGUGUUGACACCCGUCAUGGUUUUACCAGCCACCUCAGGGCUGCUCUCCUUGACAGACAAAUCAAAGUCUUCAUAGACGACAUGCUAGAUAAAACUGAGAGCAUCGAUGAGCUGAUCUCCGUCCUCAAAAGAUCUGCACUCUCAGUUGUUAUUUUCUCGGAGAAUUUCGCGGAUUCAAGCUGGUGCUUGGAUGAAGUGGCCACCAUUUCUCGGAGGUUCGGACACAGGGUGCUUCCGGUUUUCUACAAAGUUGAUCCAUCAGAUGUAUCCGAGGAUUUUGGGAGUUACGUCGUUGCCAUUGAGCAGAAACAUGGAGCUACACCUCCGAAAAGAAGAAAAAAGAAUCAUGGAGCUAGCAAAUCUCAAGAGGACGGGAAGAGAUGGAUGGAUUCUUUGCAAGUUGUCGCUAAUUGUGCUGGAUAUACUUCACAGAAAUCCAAGAUGGAUUCUGAAUUCGUUGAGGCAAUAGUUAAUGGUGUUCUAAAAAUACUCGCAGAGAUUUCACAAAGAGUGAAGUCCGAUAACUUGAUUGGCAUGGAUGCUCGCCUUGUUGAAGUUGAACAACUAUUAGCUCUGGACAUGAAUGAUUUUCGCAUUAUUGAACUUUGGGGGAUGGGUGGUGUAGGAAAGAUCACCCUAGCUAGAGCUUGCUAUCAAAGGAAAACCUUGUCAUACUUUCUCUACGGGGUAGCCCAAUACUGGAAAGAUGUUGGGAAGUUGAGCCACACUCUUGUGAAUUUAGUCUGGCUUGACCUCUCCCAUUGCAUAAAUUUAGUUGCAAUACCAAACUUGUCGGGGUCUUCAAAGUUGGAAUUUCUCAUUCUCGAAGGGUGCAAAAGGCUGAUUGAGCUACCAUCUCACGUUCAAGAUCUGGACAAGCUGAUAAAGCUGUACCUCAAUGGUUGUACAAAUCUGAGGAGCCUUCCACCCAAACUCAACUCGAAGUUCCUCAAGAAGGUUCGGUUGUCCAACUGCCCCAAGGUGUGCCAUACCCCAAUAACAGAGAUGGAUUGUUAUGAUGGUGAUGGUAAUCACCAGCUUGGUUCUUUGCCAAGAUUUGCUCGAUUGAACUUGGUUGGCAACCCCCAACUCAAGUGCUUGUCAAGGAAUAUCUGGAACAUGGUCUCUCAAUAUCUCCUUCUUCAAGAUUGCCCAUUGAUUGAAAGUUUGCCGGAAAUCUCACAGUCUGUGGCUGGCUUAUCUGAGCUAUAUAUAGAAGGAUGUCGGAACCUGAAGAGCUUUCCAACUGGCAUCAACAAUUUGAAAUCCUUGCAGUACCUCUGUUUCCUUGACACGGAUAUUGAGUCCCUGCCUUCACCUAUUGUGGAACUUGACCAGCUCUUAGAUUUAGACUUGCGUUCCAACAAAAGCUUGGAGUUCAUCCCGAGCAACAUCCAUAAGCUUGUCAAGUUAUCCCACUUGUCCUUGAAGGGUUGUUCAAGUAUUAAAUACUUGCCAGAACUCCCACCCAAUCUUCUAACGUUGGAAGUAAGUGGUUGCACUUUGCUACAAGCCUUGCCAUGCAACAUAGGCAAGCUGAGAUGGAAACAACUCUACUUUGAAGAUUGCCCGCAAUUGGAUAUGUAUCUGCCUCAAGAAGUAGUGCUUAAUUUCCAGAAUCAUGCAACUUCAAAUCUCCAUCCUCAGGGUGUUCUUCAACAUUCCGGGAGUGAGAUUCCGAGAUGGUUUGCUUACAAAAGCCAGAAUUAUGCAUGUGAUUCAUGUAUGGUGGUGCAAUUGACUCUUCCAAACUGCACUACUAAGCGGCUAAUCAAGGGGAUUGCAUUUGGCAUUGUGUGUUCUUCAGAUAUUGGGUAUGUCGGGAUAUCUAUCACUUGCUAUUGCAACAUUGGCAUCACUGCCGCUGCUGCAUCUUGGCGUUCUCCGAGUUUUGGUUUCGGUGGGGCCUCCGAAUCAGAUAACGUAUAUAUAUGGUAUGACAAGAACCUGUUAGGUGAGACUGAGGAAGGAACACGAGAUGAAGCAGAACCUUGGUAUGAGAGAUAUGCUGGCCUCACUGUUUCCUUCAGAUUUUCCCUUCAAGCGAGCGGGGAAGAAUAUGCUGAGAAACCUAAGCUUCAGUACCUGAUUGUGCUUAAUAUCUCCUGUGAAAUUUUUGCUGCUAUCCCAAACCUGUCGAGCUCUUCGAAACUCGAGCUUCUUAUAUGCCGGAGAUGUGAAAGUCUAGUUGAGCUACCUGAAACUGUCCAGUCUAUCGAUGUCAUCAGAUGUCCUCCUGAUAUCAAGUCACUGCCUUCCUCUAUCGAGGAAUUGAACCAGCUCUCUUAUCUAGAUCUAUCCUACUGUGAAAGCCUCGAGUCCAUCCCAAACACCAUCCACAAACUUGCCAAGCUAGCUGAAUUGUUGUUGAUUGGCUUCCUAUCGAACAAUAUUAUGAACCUAAGUUUUAAGCUCCUGAGGCUUGAUGAUUGUCUGCAAAUGGACAAGAGUUCGCUUGAUGAAAUCAUGUUGAAUUUCCCUGAUCAGGCUUUGUCUCGGCAUCCUCAGGAAGUGAGGUUCCACAAUGUUUCAUCAACUGAGCAUAAAGGAAGAGAAUUAUAUGAGCUUGGAGCUACCUGUGGACCCUGCGGAACUGAAGUGAAUUGCAUUUGGUAUCGUGUAUUCAUUGGACCAACCCCGGGGUUCCAUGCUUAUAGUUUAAGCAUGCUUCAUCAAAACUGA